AUGUCGCACAGACCGAGCAAAAGGUCAUCGACGGGAAACCAUGUUUUACAGCCUGCCUCGCGUCCAGGAUCGACCUUUGAGCAUAUUCCGCGUGUGCCUACCUACAGUUUGAUUACCUGGACAUUUGGUAGAGGCUCAGUGAUAUGGAGGAUUUGGCCUGCCGUUCUUUUGCAUACGGUCUUCGCGGCUGCUGUCGUAACGCUCUCCAUGCGAGAGAUCCUCGUCCUCGAAAUUCCCAAUGUCAUGUUAACGGUGCUUGGUGAGCACCGACUUUAA